CGUAUUUGUCCCUAUCCAUCAUCAAAAUGCAGCGAGGGCUUCCAAUGCAACCUACCGUGGUCCUUCUCAAGGAGGGCACGGACACCUCGCAAGGAAAACCUCAGCUGCUCUCAAACAUUUCCGCAUGUCUUGCGAUCGCGGAGACCCUCGCGAGCACCCUCGGCCCUCGCGGAAUGGACAAACUGAUUGUGAACGAGCGUGGAGAGGCUCAGAUCACCAACGAUGGCGCGACUAUUCUCAAACUCCUAGACAUCGUUCACCCCGCCGCGCGUACACUCGUGGACAUCGCUCGGGCACAAGACGCGGAGGUCGGCGACGGCACCACAAGCGUUGUGCUCUUGGCUGCGAGAUUGUUGAAGGAGGUCAGAAACUAUAUCGAGGAGGGUGUUAGCCCGCACAUCAUCAACAAGGGCUUCAGGAAAGCGUCGGAGCUGGCCAUAGAGCACAUCAAGUCCGUUCAGAUCACCGUGGAAAAGUCAGAUCCUGAGCAAUUCCGCUCGCUCCUCCUCAAAUGCGCGUCUACCUCCAUGUCCUCCAAGCUCAUCCACUCAGAGAAGCCGUUCUUCUCCAACAUGGUCGUCGAAGCCGUGCAGUGCCUUGACGAAGAAGACCUGAACGAGAACCUCAUCGGCGUGAAGAAGGUCCCUGGCGGUGGUAUGCAGGACUCCCUCCUCGUCCGCGGCGUUGCCUUCAAGAAGACGUUCACAUACGCCGGUGCCGAGCAGCAGCCAAAAUCAUUCCGCAACCCCCACAUCCUGAGUCUGAACGUCGAGCUCGAGCUGAAGGCAGAGAAAGACAACGCGGAGGUCCGGGUAGAGCACGUCUCAGACUACCAGGCGAUCGUCGAUGCCGAGUGGGAGAUCAUCUACCGCAAGCUAGAGGCGAUCGAGAAGACGGGUGCGAAGGUUGUUCUCAGCAAGCUCCCAAUCGGCGAUCUUGCGACGCAGUGGUUCGCGGACCGCGACAUCUUCUGCGCGGGUCGGGUGCCUGCAGAUGACCUCCAGCGCGUCGUCCAAGCCGUCGGCGGUUCAAUCCAGUCCACCUGCUCCGACAUCAAGCGCGAGCACCUGGGAACCUGUGGCUUCUUCGAGGAGAAGCAAAUCGGCGGCGAGCGCUACAACCUAUUCACGGAGUGCACGAAGGCGAAGACGUGCACGCUGGUGCUUCGUGGGGGUGCCGAGCAGUUUAUCGAAGAGGUUGAGCGCAGUUUGCACGACGCUAUCAUGGUGGUCAAGCGUGCAGUCAAGAACGGCGACAUCGUAGCGGGAGGAGGCGCCAUUGAGCUGGACAUAGCGUCCCGUAUCCGACAGCAUGCCUUGUCCAUUCCGGGCAAGCUCCAAAUGGUAAUGAUUGCUUUCGCGAAAGCGCUCGAAGUCAUUCCGCGCCAGAUCUGCGACAACGCAGGUCUGGACUCGACGGACAUCAUGAACAAGCUCCGCGUAAAACAUGCAAACGGGGAGAAAUGGUACGGCGUCGACGUUGACGGUCCCGAAGGCAUCCGAAACAACCUCGAUGCGUUCGUUUGGGAGCCGAGUCUGGUCAAGGUGAACGCGAUCAAUAGCGCGACGGAAGCUGCAUGCCUUAUCCUUAGCGUCGACGAGACCGUGCGGGCCCCACAAAGCGAAGCGCAAAAUCCAGGACCAAGGGCUCCUCCAGGCACGGCACAGCGAGCUCUCCGAGGUAGAGGACGUGGGAUGCCAAGGCGGUGAGGGAAUAGCAAGCUGCAAUGGCGAAAUGUGUAGAUGUAUCGAUGUCACUCACGCAUUUUUGUGUCUUCGGUCGAGUGAACGUUUUUGCUGC